AUUGCCCUUUGUCAGCCACACAAGGCAAGUCACUUGAUUUCGUCUUUGCUUGGGAAUGCUUACUUGAUUUCAUUGCGUGCACCGGAAUUCCCCUUUCCUACCGACGCGCAUAUGAAUUUCCACCAUGACUGGACGAAACAGGAAUCGCCCUGCGAUCAUGAAAGAGGCCGAUGAAGAGAGCCAGCUAUGGAGCGAAGUUAAGAACAGCGGCUCUCGCAUUGACCAACUUGUGGCCGAACAUAAUGAGAAAUGGAAGAGGAUGGCCGAAAUCAAGCAGUUACUUGAUAUUCAAUUUUCGAGAGACGAAGAACCAUCAGAAGACCUGGAAGACGAGCUAAUGAAGCUUACUCGUGAAAACGUCAAAAUAUGCGAUGAAUUGGUGGCAGCGAUAGAGGGCGACUCUGAACAAGACACGAACUCUCUGCUCGGCGCUCUCAACCUACUAUCAGCUCUUCGCGCCUCAAGCGAAGCAGAAUCACAUACGCCUGCUCCUCGCUCCUUAUCAACAGCAAAAUCGGGGCGCAAUGCGAAGCGGAAAGGAGGCGACGCGUCUUCAGUUGUAAGCGAUGACAGAGAGAGUGCCGCAGCAGAUUCGCCUGCAGCACCAUCUCCAAAAGUCCAUAUACCCGUGCCAUCGCGCCUAAAAGUCAACACGAAUGCGUCAUCACGUGCCGGAUCGGUCGGCGCAGGGAGAGAAGCGUCAGUGAAAAUCGAAGAAGGAACUGAGAGUGGUGUGGAUGCUAAACCUUCACACUCCGAUCGACCGAAAUUCCAAGUCGGCACCGAAGUCCUUUACCGCAAGAAGGGCGUCGGAAAGGUCGACCCAAACGACGGCGAAGGCAUGCUAUGUCAAGUAACCUCCGUCAUAGGCGAAGGCAAACAGCGACGAUACGAAAUAAGAGAUGCGGAUGCCGAGGCUGUUGACCCACAGCCUUAUAGAGCAAGCUUGCAACAGAUGACACCAAUCCCUGCUUUAGGCACCGUCCUACCUGAACUGAAGCCAAAGACUCACGUUCUGGCGCUCUACCCUGGAACGACAACGUUCUACAAAGCAGAAGUUGUAACGGGGUCAAAGAAAGACGGCGAAGGUCCUCCGGAAGGCCAUGUGCGUCUACGAUUUGAAGGCGAGGAUGAGCUAGAGCCGGACAAGGACGUUGAGAGGAGAUAUGUCCUGUCUGAGUGGACGGGAAAGUAGAUCAUAACCAAUCAAGUUUAUGACAACCUAGCUGCUAUUUGGCUAACAUGUUUCCAA